AUGAGCCGCGAUACUGAUGUACUUGUUCGCGCGUUAGGAGAGCUUGCUAUGACGCUGCACAAGCAUCGUCCUGGCAACUUUACUUUCAAUAGAAAUAAGCGCACGAUUUAUAAGUGGUUGCACAGUUUAAAAGGUGAGGAGAUGGCAUCAUUGAGCUGCGUGGUGGAUGCGGGCUUCGUCAAGACGCUGCUGCUCAUGGGGUCCCGCUCAAGAGCUUGCCGAGACAAAUAUACGUGUGUACAUGAAUUUCAAUUGCUACCACAGGCUGCUAGCAUUGCCUAUAAACGCACCUCAACUAACACGCUACGACGAAACGCUGCAAGGGAUUUUGUGAAGCGUCCAAUUAUACGGACAGCAGAUGGAGAUUUUGUGAGUAGCUUUCAUACAAAAGAAUACGAAGUUUGCUGUUCUAAGCUGCUAGGAGGAUUAAGAGUACUUAACACCUUUCAGUCGUGUGAUACCGUGGCGUUGUCGAUGGAUUUUUUUCAGCCAGUAAGUAAAAGAGACAAGACGUUUGCUGCCGAGUUUUUCUACAUAAUGGAAGUGAUAGCGCAUGGGAAUUUUCUGAUGGAGCGUCCGUCUGAUACUGCGCUGAAGCAUCGUACAUGGGGAGAAACGAAGUGGCUAAGAAAUCAAAGCUUUUACUCCAUCCAAGCUCUAUUUGUUAAUCAAAUCGAACUUAACAUCUGGGCCGCAUGGAGACAACGUCAAAAAGAUGUGAACUUCGAAAUUCCUUUGCAAGGUCUCGCAUCCAAACUUUUUUUGGCUCGCGAAUGGGAGAUGGCAAGUUCUGAGCAACAAAAUGCAGUUUUAAAAGUUCUGGCUUCUAGAACAAUUGCCCAUGUUAAGGAUUUGAAGCAAUUGAUGACAAUUGAAGCUAGGGCAGCAGACAUGUAUAAGUCCGCGCGAUUCUCAUUGGAAGCACUUAUCAGCAUCUUGAUUAAGACGACAGGACCUAUGGAUCACGGUGCACCCGUUGAUAUUUGUUUCACAGUUUCUUUUGAGGACGCGUUUGUGUCUCCUCAAACAAGCAUAAUGAAGCUAAUACAAGCAGAAUACUUUCAGGAACAGUGCUCGCUACUGUUAUGUGAAAGAUUGUCGAAGAAAGAUGAGAAAUCUUUACUGAAGGGCACAGCUCAGAUAUCGUUUUCACACGACAGCAUGACGGACGAUGGAUGCAAGAAAAAUCCCAAAAGCUCCAAUCAUUCUCAGCGGCGCCGAGCUAGUCGCAAGAAAAUGAUGAAGCAACGACGUAUUGACAACGAAAUUCGCGCAGCUCAGCAUACACGCUUUCAAAGCGUAUUGCGAGAACUUCUCCAUCACUUUCGCCAAAAGCAAAAGGAGGCUGUGGCAUGCGCGGAUAAGCAGCUUCACAGAGUUAUAACACCGGUCGUCGACAGCCAGCUUACACCUGGUGGAUUGAAUUUGGGGCCCGAAGACAGAAAUCAAGGGUCUACACUAAUGCUUCAAACUACUGGUGCGACAGUCUCAUCGUCUGUCAGCUUUUUCCGAACGAACAAUGAGGAGUAUCCCGAAAAAUGCAGUGUUGCGACCGCUGGCUCGGAGUCAUCCUCAGCUGAGCGUGAUAAACUGCGUCAAGCGGAUUAUAUUAGUAACAGUGGUAUUCCGCGUGGCGAUGGCUCACAAUCGAGUUGUUUCUCCAAUGAUAGGUCGACACGUACGGCAACCGCGUCGAUCUCGCCUACUUCAUCUUUACCACUACUUUCAUUUGAAACACACGGUCUAUACUCCUCUGCAACUACGACGCCGUAUUUUCUGUCGUUGGUGUCACAGGAUGAACAAUCAUCGCGUGCUUUGCAUCGAGAGAGUGAUAAAGAUGGGGUGGAUUCUGGAAAAAACCAAUUCACUUGCGAUGAUUCUCGAAGUGUAGCUCUUGAAGAUCAUUUGAAGUCAGAAACGUCAAACCUUGAGUGGUACUUGCCAUCCGUCUUUUCACUACAAACUCCUCCCCAACGCACAUUGCCUCCAAUGCCUUCCCUCGACUGGCAUUUCGAUCACUGGCAGUUGAGAGCAUCUGAUGGAGGUAUUUCGGACAAGGGUGUAUCGUCUUCUAUGGCUGUAGCAGAGCUGGACCCGCUGCUAACGUCUUCCUCCUCAUUGUCAGCUUCUCCCGCGUCAUCAUCGCGCUUUAAUAAUACGAGGCUAUCAGGGUCAACGAAAAAGUAUUCUCUGGCAUCAUUUUCCAAAAUUGCUGGACUGGACGCGAGCAGAUGUGGAAUUGCCCAGUCAGAUUAUGACAAAUCAGAAUAUACAAGGGCAUCAAUACGAGAACACGAUAAGGGCGAUAUGACUGCUGCGGACGAGAGUGACUUUCUGUAUCAAGAAGGGGGAUUUUUUGAUCGCCAGCGUUCACUUAAACGUCGGCGGCGACCGUGGCCGCUAAACGAUACACACGAAAAUGACAACAAGGAAAUUGCGGAGGAAACUGAUGACACCAGACGAUGUGUUGGUGUGCUUACAAGAGUGAAUAGCGAUGCUUGGGCAGAGUGUGUUAAUUGUUGUAAUUGUGCUUGCCAUCGCAAUGUUUGCCUUCGAGACCAGGAGAAAAAUUCAUCCGAAGAAAAAGUUAAAAUUCAUCGUAACAAUCUUGAGCAUCAAUAUGUCGAUAAGACAUCACAUCUAUCUGCACAAUUGAGUCGAGUUUCAAAUGACGAUACAUACGCCAAAUUGACAGUGGCAUUCGAGCGCAUUACGCAGCUAGAAGACAAAUUUGCUGAAAGAACAAAGAUAGUGGACGAACAAGCUACUAACACAGCUAUCGAGAUUGCUACCUUAAAGCAAAAUGUUGCGACGUUGACAGCUCAGCUAAUCAAUGUCGAAAACAGUGUCCAAGAGUUGCAACAGCAGAGCUCCAUUAGUGUAAGCCGUCUAGAAGAUUCAUCAUUAGGCAACGCGAGCUCCUGCAGUUCGCCUCCUGCUCCAUUUUCACCCGCCCCAUCGGUAGAGCAACAAAUUGAACACCCGUCUACCGCCGCGUUUCCAGCUCCAGAUGCUUUUGCAACGACAAACUCGGCAAUGGGACCGUUCGUUUCAGUCCCUUUAUCGGUGCUACCGCCACGAAGCAAGUUGCAUUGGGAUCUUUGCGAAUUUGCUGCUCAGCUUCAAGCAGACAGCGAUGCUCGCCUCCCAGCACAACUUGCUGCACAACAGUUGUGCACGGCCACAGUGCAGUCAUUGUGGCCUCGCGCUCAGGUGCGACCUUACGGAUCGCAUGUAACAAGACUGGUGCUCCCGUCAAGUGAUGUUGAUCUCGUUAUCUGCUUACCCAAGGUACGUCGCGACGCGCCUGCUGAUGCAGCUGGUGUAUUGGAAGGUCGAAAUGCUAUAAAAGAGACAUGGCAGCAAAAUCUCGCCCGCAAGUUAAAGCAAGAGCCGUGGGUUGUGCGGGACUCCGUUAAAACGCUACCACAUGCUGCCGUUCCAAUCAUCACUCUUCUGACUGCACCGCCGUACAAUGUCAGGCUGGACAUAUCGUUCGAAGGCCCUGGCCACAAUGGGUUGGCUACGAAUGAUGUCGUUCUUGCCUUGCUGCACGAAUUUCCGCCGCUAGCCCCAAUGAUGCUUGUUCUGAAAAGUUUUGCUAUAGAGCGCGGCUUAGCGGUAGCAUACACGGGAGGACUGUCAUCAUAUGCACUAUUGCUACUUGUGGCUCGCUAUCUUCAAGAGCACAGCGACACAAUGCCUAAUGGCUUUGCAAAUGCUUCCAGAGCUGUUCAGCACAGUUUGUCAACUGCCCAAGCAGGUGUGGCCGACUUUGGUCUGAUGCUUAUGGGUUUUUUGAAUUUUUAUGGCAACCGAUUCGAUCCACGCACAACGGAUAACGAAAGAAAUUCUUUAUCUCAGAUCGAGAGUGCUUUGGAUUGUUUAACCAUUCGAUUUCAACUGUUGAUGUUGGAAUAA